UCUCCCAGAAUAUACUCUUACUUGCAGACCAUCUUCAUUUUUAGAAAAUAUUAUUAUCACUUUAUAUCAGUUAUAAUGUAUUGGAAGACAAAGCUUGUACUACUAAGCAUUGUGAUAUGUGUUAUAACUUGCUAUGACACAUACAGCGAUAAUGAGGAGGACAUGAAUUAUUACCUUGGUCGUCUUUACGAAGAAUCAGAUGAUGGGAUCGACCCUCAUGAUAUGCUGUCCAACCCAGGCCAGAGGAGGGACCCUGGUAAAAGGAAAGUAAUGCCAUACUCUGGCCGUUGGACAGCAGAUCGUAAUCUCAAAGACACUGAGUCUUGCAGUUUUGACAAAGAUGCUUUGUCAAAAGAACAAACAAAAUUUGCCCAAUGCAUAGAGGAAAAAGAAAAGCUACAGGAGUCAGUUGAGUUGAAACAACGCCAGUUGUCAGCUUUAGAGAAGACUGUGAUGCGGGAAGGGUCUGUUGAUGUUCAAGCAUUCUAUAAAAGAGCAGUUCAACAUGUAUGGACAAGUCUUCAGUUACAGGAGGCAGAAGACAUUCUGAAGGAGGGUGAUUCGGCUAUGGUGAGGCAGCUAGUCGCUCACAUUACCAAAGAUGAUAUCAAGAUACUGAAGCAGUAUCUGGAGAGUCAAAAUAAUAUCCUUCAGGUGGAUGAUUUCUUGGCAAAUGCCUUAGUGUUAGAGAAGCAACCACUUGUGGAGCCACGUAAUAUUAUUGCCUUCUCUCUGGAGUGGAUUACCUCUGCCUUUGAAGUCGGGAAAAAUGUUGAAGUGUGGUUGUACUUUUUGUGUGCUUUAUUUAUUCUUCUGGCAAUAUGGGCUGUGUUCUUAUUUAUUCGAGACAUCCAGCGAGAGUUACGCUGGACACGAGUGAUUGGGAUGAUGAUUGUCAUCAUUUUCUUCAUCUGCUGCCUAUGGCACUGGCGUCACAUGCACAAGGUAGCUGAGUCACGUCGCCAUGCACAGAUGGCUAAGAGAGGUUUUACAAAUAUCCCAGAGGAAUGCAAACCAGGGGCGAAAAGCACAACAGGCAGUGUUUGGAGUUGGGUGAAAGUAUCAGUGUUUGGGGCUCCAGAUGUGUGUGAACAAUAUUUUGAAGACUUGAUGGUAGACCCCACACAGGAAAUCACUCCAGGAAUGGUGAUUGCAGAAACUUUAAGCAAGUUCUGCUUUCAACCACUCCAGCACCUUGGCUCAGAGAGUGCUAAGUUUAUCAAUAACUUUUAUAGUAACAUCCCUGUCGUAUAUCACAUCCCAGCCACCGCAUUCUUUUUGUUACUGUUGGUCAUCAUCCUUUUUGCUAUGUGUGGGUAUGGCAUUGACUUUCCCCUGUGGAUGGGAGGAAUCCGUCCAAUCUACAGAACAGAGACAGUGGAUACUUCAGAACUUGAUAAAAUAAGGAAAGAGAUGCAGAAAGACACAGAACUAUUACUGAGUGAGGCACGUUUAAUGCUGACUGACAUGGCAAAAGCUGCAACAUCAACACAGAUCCAGUGUCUGGACCUCAGAAUGGCUGAGGACGUAAGCCUUAAAAGUCUUCAGGGUGUAACACAGCCCCUCCUUGUGAUGUCAUCUGGGAUCAUUGAAACAAAACUUGAGCACCUGAUUUCACAGCAUUUCUCAAGCAUCCUCUCUAGUCAAGAGAAAUCUCCUAGCACUUUGGCUGUAACAUCACCAAUACAAGGUGAAACAUCUCUUAAUAACUCUGGCAUUUAUAAUGUGACGUCAACACCUAUUGGAAGGCAUUUAGACUUCAAAGAAAUGGACAGGAAUAGGGAAGUCAAAUCAGAUACUGAAGUAAAGUUGACCAAGUCACCCCAAGAUGCAAAAGAUCAGACUGAUGCUGAUCAUUGGCACUUGCAAGGAGCCAGGCCAAAGGAUUUUACUCCAAAGGAAAAAAGGGCAUCCAAUAUUUCAAGACCAUCCUUUGAUGAAUCAAGCUCGGAUAGACAAACUAGUGUAACAGAAAAAGAAAAUAGCAGAGCAGCAAAUGUGAAGCCAGCUUCCAGUUUUUCCAGGAGUCACAAUAAUAGUCAGAUGUUUAAUCAGUCCAGAGAUUAUUCUGGCUUGGAUGAUAACUCUUUUGAAACUUCAGAUGAAGUUGAUACCAACACCAGUGCGAGGAGUGGAAGUUUCCUAGACCAAGUCAAGAAGAUAUUGGAGGAAUCUGUAAACUCUAAUGCCAAUGAUAGCAUUCCAAUGACCAGCAUGAAUGCUUCCUGUAGUGGCACCACUGAGUCUGUAGAACCUGAGGAAGAGUACGAACUGGAAUUGAGUGCAUCAAAUGGGAAGUUUCUCAGCCAGAUAAAGAAAAUUAUGACGCCAUAACAAUACCUUUCACACUUCUACUUAAAAGUAUGUAAUGUGUGUGUGUACAUGUUUGUGCAAAUCUAUACGAUUGAAAGAAAGGGAAUUUACCUAAUAUUUAUGAUUUAUUUUACUACCAGUUAACCAAAGCACUUGAGUAUGAAGUGAUUGUGAUUCUUUUAUGAUAAUUCUCAAUAAUGAUGUGAGGCAACAUAUAUAUGCAUGUAUAUAUGAUUUAUGAUUAAAAAUGUAACUAUAUUUUUAUUGAAAUUUUGUUGAAAUAUAUUUUUGAUGAUGAAUGAGAUGCAUAUUUAUAUACACACCUGAAAAUGUUCAAGAAUGAAUUGAGUUUAGUUGUUUGUAAAAUUUUCACUUCAAUCACUGAUUCACUCAUCAUCUAGAUUAUGCAUUUAUUUUGUAAAAUUAUUCUUGGAAUAAAAUUGAUUUGAUAU